CCCGCCGCGCUGCUCCUCCUCUGCUGCCUGAACUUCGUGCCGUCUUUGGGCAGGCAGACGCUCCUGACGACUUCGCUGAUCCCAGAAGCUGAGAUUAACCUGCCUUUCAAAGAUUUUAUUCAUUUUAUCAUCUUAGAAGGGAACGUUCGUAAUGUUUCUGAAGUUGCGGUUCAGUAUUUAUGCUCCCAGCCUUGCAUUGUCAAUUUUGAAGCAGUCGUUUCAUCAGAAUUCAGGAGUAGCAUUCCAGUGUACAAGAAACGAUGGAAGAACGAGAAACAUCUGCACAUCAGCAGAACUCGGACGGUGCAUGUGAAAUUUCCAAGCAUAAUGGUUUACAGAGAUGAUUAUUUCAUCAGGCACUCCAUAGCUGUAUCUGCUGUGAUACUUCAUGCCUGGAUUACUCAUGGGCAUGAUGGCAACUUGAAUGUUAAGUGGGAAGAAAGCUUCUUUCACGCCGUAGCGAAGAAUUACGCUUUGUUGAAGACGGUCCCUCCUUUCGAACGCCCUUUCAAGGAUCACCAAGUUUGUCUCAAGUGGAACAUGGAUUACACCUGGAAUUUACAGGCCAAUAGGAUUCCACAGUGCGCUCUGGAAAAUGAUGUGGUCGACAUCCUCAGCUUUCCCUAUGCCUCCAGUGGAGAAAACACAGGAAUUGUGAAAAAGUUCAAGAGAUUUCAGAACAGAGAGCUUGAGGCAACCAGACGCCAGCGUAUUGAUUACCCAAUGUUUACUGUUUCAAUAUGGCUUUAUUUACUCCAAUAUUGCAAAGCAAAUCUGUGUGGAAUACUGUACUUUGUUGAUUCCAAUGAGAUGUAUGGUACGCCAUCUCUAUUUCUAACUGAAGAGGGCCAUCUUCAUAUUCAAAUGCACCUUGUCAAAGGAGAAGACCUUGCUGUGAAAACUAAUUUCAUCCUUCCUGUGAAGGAGUGGUUUCGACUAGACGUCUCUUUUAGCGGAGGACAGAUAAUGAUAACCAGUAUUGGACAGGAUUUGAAGAGCCAUCAUGAGCAGGCUAUUAUUUUUAGGGAAGAUUUCUAUUAUAAUGAUACAGCUGGAUACUUUAUUCUUGGAGGCAGUCGAUAUGCGUCCGGAAUUGAAGGAUUCUUUGGACCUGCAAAAUACUAUCGUCUCAGCAUUCUAGAGACGGAACAGAUUUUUAACCCUCUCUUUGAAAAACAACUUGCUGAACAAAUUGAGGCGUACUACGAGAGGUGUGCUGAGAUUCAAGAAAUAGUGUCUGUAUACAAACACACAGUUCAACAAGGCCAAUCAGAUCAAAAUAUGUGUAUCCAUGAGAACUACUAUUUGUAUCUCCAAACCAAGUAUGGAGGCCUGUUGAAGUGCCAUGCCUUUCCGUGGGGGAAAGAAUUAAGGGAUAAAUAUCGCAGCUUGUUCCAUGUUCUGCAAGAGAUGGAUUUAUCGGCUGAAAACCAAAAUGAUUCAAUGUUGGAAGUCGGUGGGAGGAUAUUUGAGAAAGCCAUAAAGAGACUCUCCAGUAUUGAUGGUCUUCAUCAAAUUAGCUCCAUUAUUCCUUCCCUGAUGGAUUCCAGCUGCUGUGGAUACCACAAAGCCUCUUACUUCCUUGCAGUCUUUUAUGAAACUGGACUAAACAUGCCAAUAGAUCAAAAGCAGGGGUUGCUGUACAGUCUGGUUGGUGCUCAAGGGAGUGAGAGACUUUCUGUGAUGAAUAUGGGCUACAAACAUUACCAAGGCAUUGAUAAUUAUCCAGUAGAUUGGGAACUGUCGUACGCAUAUUACAGCAAUAUCGCUACAAAAACACCCCAUGAUCAACACACUCUACAAGGAGAUCAGGCAUAUGUAGAAACAAUAAGGCUAAAGGAUGACGAAAUGCUCAAGGUCCAAACCAAAGAAAAUGGUGAUGUUUUUAUGUGGCUGAAGCAUGAAGCAACAAGAGGAAAUGCAGCGGCUCAGCAACGGUUGGCCCAGAUGCUCUUUUGGGGGCAGCAAGGAGUGGCGAAGAACCCAGAAGCAGCAGUGGAAUGGUACGCAAAAGGGGCGCUGGAAACGGAGGAUCCGGCAUUAAUUUAUGAUUAUGCCAUCGUCUUAUUCAAGGGUCAAGGUGUGAAAAAGAACAGAAAGCUUGCUCUAGAACUGAUGAAAAAAGCGGCUUCUAAGGGAUUACAUCAGGCAGUGAAUGGCCUCGGGUGGUAUUACCAUAAAUUUCGCAGAAACUAUGUCAAAGCAGCAAAAUACUGGCUUAGAGCUGAAGAAAUGGGAAAUCCUGAUGCAUCCUACAAUCUUGGUGUCCUCUAUUUAGAUGGGAUUUUUCCAGGCGUUCCUGGAAGAAAUCAAACAUUAGCUGGGGAAUACUUCCUUAAAGCUGCUCAAGGUGGACACAUAGAAGGAACAUUAUGGUGUUCUCUGUACUAUAUCACAGGCAAUUUGGAAACUUUUCCCCGGGAUCCAGAGAAGGCCGUCCUUUGGGCAAAGCAUGUGGCAGAGAAGAAUGGCUAUUUGGGGCAUGUCAUUAGAAAGGCUCUCAACGCAUACCUGGAGAUGUCAUGGCAUGAAGCUCUGCUGUAUUAUGUUUUAGCAGCAGAAACUGGAAUUGAAGUAUCGCAGACCAAUAUAGCACAUAUCUGUGAAGAGAGACCAGAGCUGGCAAGAAGAUUCCUGGGGAUUAAUUGUGUUUGGAGAUACUAUAAUUUCUCAGUCUUUCAAAUCAAUGCUCCCUCGUUUGCUUAUUUGAAGAUGGGAGACCUUUACUACUAUGGCCACCAGAACCAGUCCAAAGACCUUGAGCUGUCAGUGCAGAUGUACGCCCAAGCCGCUGUGGAUGGAGACUCACAGGGAUUUUUUAACCUGGCCCUUCUCAUUGAGGAGGGGACAUCAAUCCCUCCCCACAUUUUGGAUUAUUUGGAAAUUGACCGGACCCUCCACUCCAGUAACACUUCUAUUCUUCAGGAACUUUAUGAAAGAUGCUGGAGUCAUAGUAAUGAAGAAUCAUUCAGCCCCUGCUCAUUAGCUCUGUUUUAUUUUUACUUAAGAAUGCUCUGGAGUAGCAUUUUGCAUUCUACUCUGCAGGUCUACUUCCUGGGAACCUUUCUGGCAUCGCUGUUGAUUGCGUGGGCCCUGCAGUAUUUUCAGUCUGGCUCAGCCACUGGUUCUCCAGCAGCAGGGUCCCAGCUGCCCACAGAAACCUCCUCUUCCACCACAGACCCAGACGCCAACUCUGCCGAACCAGAGGAGCCCUCGAUGACUAAUAACGUAGAACAGCGGGGGUGAAUGACUCUGCAUCGUUCCAGAUGACAGCAGUUCUGGGGACUGUUGGUAUUCCAAAGCAGACGUUGGAAAGGCAAGACACGUGGAUGCUGUGAUGCUCAGACCCGAAAUACUUCUCAUCUGCUGGCUGGUCAUAUUGCACCUGGAGAAUUUUGGGGAAAGCAGCCUGGAAAUAUUAAGAACAGCUAGUGGUUCUUCCACAGGUCAGAAAGUCAUUUAGGUUGACUGAUUGGUCUUUUUUAUUUUCUUUUCAAUGAGAGGGUGAAAUUGUGGUAUUUUAACAGGGUAUAUCAUAUCUCACUAUACAGCACUUAGCAGACUUUGACCAAAAAAGUCCUUUUUUAUUUUUAUUUUUUAAAGCCUGCUCCUAAUGGCAUAAUAGACAGGCGUCUGGUGGUGGUAAAAGGAGCCCUUGAUUAUAGUAGGAAGUGGUUUGAAAUCUGGAAAGGGAAAUUAUCAUUGUAAAUCAGUUUACAUUUUUCUCCUUAUAUUUUUCUAGGAUUCUUAGUGUUUAAAAGUCAUUUAACGAUAUUGUUGGAAACAGGUUUUUUUUUCCAUUGUAAACCUUAAGAUAACAUUUAGGAAAUGAUUAGAAUUUAAGUGUAAGCUUCACCUUGAAUUGCUCAAUAGAAUGGUUAGGAAAAUGGAAUAUGCAGACAACAGUCUAGUAGAACAUAGUCCCCCAUGUUUGAUUUUGAGUUUUGAAAGAUGUAUAUGCAGUACUGUGUGAGGGGGUGUGUGUGUUCGUGAGAGAGAGAGAAAACAAAGUAUGAAUACUGUACGAUACAUAGAAGGAUAAUUUAAUCAGUAAUGCAAUAUAAUGGGUUCAGUCUACUCUCUUUGCACUACUUUAUUUACAGUAGUAAAUAAAAUUAUUUUUAUAUUGUUGA